UUAUAUUGUUAGUACAAUAGAAUUAACAUUGUACCUAUAUUUUUAUUUAGUGAUUUUUCUCAAGCAUCACCAUUGGUAAAAGUUUACCAACAAAGUGUACUUGAAGAUUAUGACUAUAAUAAUGACUAUACAAAUAGAUCAUUGUUCUUGGGUAUAAAAUCAUAUUUUAAAAUUCUCGAAGUGAAAAAAGUGAACAAUCCUCAACUUUAUGGUAUGUAUUUAUUAUGGAAAGAGGAAUUAAAAGUUGGCAACAGCUAUCAAUUGAGGGAGAGACAACUAUAUCAUGCAACUUCACCAACAAAUGCUUUGAGUAUUUCACAAAAUAAUAUUGACUGGCGUAAGACAUAUAGGUCGAGAUUUGGAAUUGGCGCUUGCUUUUCAACAUGUCCUAAAUAUGCCCACAGACAUUCAAGUUCAGAUGGAGCAUUUAUGAUUUGCAAAGUGCUUACAAAGAAAAUAGAAGUGGUAGAUGUCAACUAUGACUUGGAUGUACCGACAAAGUGUGAAAAUGAUACUUCUUUGAGUAAGACAGGUAAAGUAUAUGUUAAAUAUGAUGACAACACUUUUUACCCAGAGUUUAUUGUUUAUUAUCGUUAGUACUCUGAAUAUAAUGCAAUAUUUUUUUUUAAAUAUAUUUAAAAAUAAAGAUAAAAAAAAAUAAUAGAAUAUUAGUACUUUUAAAUACAUAUGUACAAAAUAACAUUUUUGAAAAAUUCUCAAAAUGACUAGAUGAUAGGUUGGAUAAGAGAUUAAGUAAAAUAUUUUGA